CUUUCGUCCCUCUCUCCCUUCUCUCCCAACCGCACGCUGCAUUCGAGGGAGCAGAUCAACGUCAAAGGCAAGAUCUCACUUGUAAGAAGGCUCAAGCAGCAACAACAUCUUGGCUAUCACUCCUCGCUACCGCUCGGCCAGGCGCUCGCAGCUCAGCAGGUCCUGAGUGCCGCACGCUCCAUCAGAGGACUCAUCACGUAGCGCGUGCCGCGUGGCGCGAGCAAUGCCGUCAUCCUCAUCGAUGGACGUGCUGCACAGACAUAGAGCGAUUGAUGGGCCAUUGCCGUCCACUCAGAUGAACGACGGUAACGAUGACGCGAGAGCAAGUGCGCCUCCCUCUGCUGUGGCCGGUCCAAGCACCCUCUCUCAGCGGCAAUCCCAUAGCAGUCCGAGGAGGAGCGGCAGAGGAUCAUCGCUGGUGCCUCGAAACGGGGCUCUGACAGAUACGCCGCAAGAAGGCACGUCGUCAUUAGGGGUUGAUGCCAUUGCUGCUGCAGGAUCGUCGUCCGCGAUGCCACUCGACGCAGCCAAGCAAGUUAUCGAUGCAGCUCGCUCAGCGCUAGCCAGCUCGGACGAACCACUUGUCCCUCGCGAGGAUCCAUCACGCCAUGGACGGCGAGCAGCCACAUCUCCCUCCUUCGCCGAUGAUCUCCUCUCCAAGGCCCGCGCGGCAGCUGCGGAUCCAUCCUCUUCCCACCCUCUCUCGACGGAAAUCCUGCCCGCCCCGCCUCAACUUCCCUACGACCCGCGAUACCCUCCCUUGGACCCGGAUGCUCCCCCUGCCCCUCUUCACGCUCCAAACAGCAUGGCUGCUGCUGCUAGUCACCCGGUGGUACUGCCGAAUGGUACUGUAGUGCAGCCGCACACUGGUUCGGGAUCUGCGAGCGGGUCGGGGGACAAGAAGAGGAAACAACCCACCUUUGCGCUUUCCAAACCAGAGGGAUACGAGGGGAAGGUGCCAUACGCUCUUUACGCGAUCGUCAAUGGCUUGCCGGAGGCUGAUAGCAGUAAGGUGAAGGGAGCUGCGGCCGGGAAGAGGAAACAGGGAAAGGGAGCGAAGCAAUCUGCUCGAAGCUCACGCUCUUCUACACCGACGGUGCCGCGCGGGGACGACGUUGGGGCUUCAAUCUCGGCGAAUACAGCAUCAGGCAUUUCCAGCGAUGCCCCUCCACUCGCUGCUGCCAAUGUAGCAUCAAGCAGCCAUUCGAACGAGGCCGCUGACACUUCAUUGUCACUCGUGGACGACUUUAUGCUCGCGGAUGGCGAGGAAAUGAGCGAGGCAGCCAGCGUGGCAGAUAGCGAGCGGGAGGCGGCAGUCGACGCAGCAUCUUCACCUGCGAUGCAGACGGACGCACCAUUGCUGAGGAUUAAUGGGUCGAGCAGCGUAGCGUCUGGAUCGUCUGCCCCAUCAACAUCCCCGCCCAUGCCGUCAUCGUCUUCGUCACCGCCACCACACGCUGCGAUGGUCGAUGGUGGGCGCCCUUCGGCACCGGAGCGGCACAGCAGCGCGGCUGCCGCCUCCCACACCGCACAGGCGGACCAAAGCGGCGCGAUGGGCGACGCUCGGACCUUGGCAACCGAUCCAACACUCGCAAUUCCCAACACGACGAAAAAGAACAGCAAGAAGAAGGCGGCGUCACAACAACGCCAGACCCAACUGCAAUUCGGUCAGAAGAAGUCGACCCUUCCCGCAAUACCUGACAGCAGCAAGCUCGCACCUUCGGCGGCGGCGUCAAGCAGCGGCAGCAGCGAUGAUGCGGCAAAGAUAGAGGCCGAGCGCGCCACCAGCAUCGCCGCUACUACGCACGCAUCGAUGGAUUCGAGAGACACUUCGCCUGCAUCAACAAAUGCUUCUGCAUUGACCCCAGUGCCCGAAGUCGUUGGCAGCUCUGCAGGCGCGAGUGAUGGCGGCGGGGCGAGACCGACCCGAGCGGCCGUUGCAAAAGUUGCAGCGCGAGGCUCUUACUACGACCCUAGCACGUACGCAGCCGCAUCUGCGCCUCCACCCCAAGCUGCACUUGUUCAUGGUAUCGGUGGAGGAGGGGCAACAACAGCCAAUGGUGCUCCCUCUUCGCGUACGGGCUCGAGAAAAGGGCGCAAAUCUGGCGCAGCAGCCGGCGCGACGGAUUCGACGUCAGUUCCGAACGCGAAGGGAAAAGGCAAGGAGGAAGGCAUGGCGCAACAGCAGCUCGCUAGCGGCUUGCCUGACAGCACCGGCCUCGACGAUGGGGGUAACGACGAAUUCUGCUCGACGUGCCUAGGCACAGGACACUUCAUCUGUUGCGACUCAUGCCCUCGCUCCUUCCACUUUGCAUGUGUUAACCCACCGCUCGACAUCAACGAGGUGCCACUCGAUGACGACGAGGCAUGGCAUUGUCAGUCGUGCUCGGCGUUGCGCCAUCCUCCUCCUGCGCCUACCAAUAGGCCCGCCAAGCAGCUGUCGGCAGCGACAACAUUCUCAUCCUCAUCGUCACAGCGCUCCACGGCUCUCGCUGCUGCACGCAAAGGCGUCUUCUCGCACUUGAUCCAUCACGCCGAGACCACCAAUCCGACCCUCUUCAGCCUGCCGGCAGACGUCAAGAACUUCUUCAAGGGGGUCGGUUCAGAGCGUGACGGCGCUUUCCUAGACACCUCGAAGCUUCGAAGCAUCAAAGCAGACAAAAAGGGUGUCAUCGAAGAGCGUGAUCCGUUCAGGUUGAAGGACUCAAAGGGACGGCAGGUCCUCUGCUUUGCCUGUGGAAAGUCGGCCCUCCCGUCCAACCGAGCGAUCAAGGAUGAGAUUGUGGAGACCACUACAGCGGGCCGCGAAGAAGCAGGAUGGCGUCGAAUCAUCUCCUGCGACUACUGCUCCCUGCAUUGGCAUCUGGACUGCCUCACUCCACCUCUUGCUGGUAUGCCCAGCCAGUUCCGCAGAUGGAAGUGCCCUUGCCACAUCGAGGAGCUGCUCGCCCACACUCGUGUGCCCAAGUCGUCGACACAAGUGCAGAUCAUCGACCUCCCUGUUCCCACGGUAGCCAAUGUGGGGAUGCGACCUGGUCAGUUCUAUAGGCCAAGAGUGCUUAACUCCGGGCAGAUUGACAUCGUGCCCGACCCGCUCGACACGUAUUGGAGCUCGGCGACUGCCGGUGGGUCUGCACCAGGCGGGGCAGGCAGCGGUUCUGAAGGUAAUGCUCGGAGCCUGCAGCAAGGCUGGACGAACAUGGAGAUCCCGCAAGCAGACGCGCUCAUCCCUGGCGGGGGCAUGCGCAAAGUCAAGUUCAGGCUGCCAGAGAAGGUCGUAAGGACAGACUGGUGGAUGAAAGUCCUUGACGGGCCGCGCGACCGACUCAUCGACGUCGACGCGUCCGCUUCUUCGCAGACGGGGCUGGACUUCCUAGCCAGCAUCGCCUCGUCUCAUCUCUCCGAACAGACCGCCACCGAACAGCUCGUCCGCGUAGCCCUCAACAGCUCUGCACCUCCCUCCAUUCGUCUUCAACCACUCGCAGAGCACGUCAAGGAUCCACCGCCUCAGCUGCACGCUGCCCGCGCUGGUGAGCUGCCCAACGGGGGCGUGCUGAAAAAGGAGGAGAAUGAUGAGCUGCCCGCCUCGGAGAUGAGGACUACCGUGGGCAUGGUCAGAGAGCUGGACGCCAAGCCCGUACUCGCGCUGCCCAGCAAGCGUCCGAAGUCUCUGUCAAGUUCCGGCGAUGACUCCGACCUGACAGAUGUCGAUGAGGAUGCGGCUGAGGAUGGAGAGGCGGCUGUUGUAGGUCGCGGGAAGAAGAGCAAGAGGACCAAGGUCGAUGUCGACCAGCCAGCGGUAGAGCAAGACGAAGACGAUCUCGACAGCUUGAGGGCUGUGCGAGAGCUUAUGAGGAAGAAGGGCAAGGAGGAACUGCUCGCCUUUCUGAGGAGCUGA